CUUUGCCCAGGAGGCAACGGACGCGAUAAAUGGCGGACUCCAACGUCGGACUUAACUGGAUUUAAGGAGUGCGUUGAGGUCCGCGUUCAUAAGCCAACAUAUGUGUUUACAAUUUCCAACACCGCACCAAACAUUAUAGGCAGUCUUGUCUCCGACUCCGAGAGAAAACAAAGAGAGUUGAGAGAGAGGGAGAGAGAGAGUGAGUGAGUGAGUGAGUGAGUGAGGUGGUAGUGAGCGAGUGAGAGUGAGAGAGCGAGACGGUUAAAAGAGAGGAAAAUGGUGAAAUCUACCUCAUGCUUGAAAAUAAUCACAUGCGGUAGCGAUUCAGCGGACAAGGAUGAUCUCGAGGUCUCCGAGAACAAGGGUUCAAGGUGGAGUUUCCGAAAGAGAUCUGCCCGGCAUCGAGUGCUUAGCAACACUGUAAUCUCAGAAACCGCUUCUUCUGGAAAUAAGGAGAGCCCAGAAUCUGCCAUUCUUGACCAUAUACCACCAGUCAACUCUACUGUUCCAGAGAAAAUCUCAGUGAUACAAUCCACAGAUGAGAAACCCCACGUAUUGAGUUUGGAGAACCCAAAAGUAACUGAAACUGCAGUUGAUGCUGAAAAUGAUAGUGAGUUUGAUGCUGAAAAUGAUAGUGAGUUUGAUGUCAACCCAGAGGAGUCUGUUGUUAUUGUCAUCCAGGCUGCUAUCAGAGGGUUUCUGGGUCGGAUAACGCUGUUAAAGCUUAAGAAUGUUGUUAAAUUGCAAGCUGCUGUUCGUGGGCACUUGGUUCGAAGUCAUGCUGUGGGAACCCUACGUUGUGUUCAAGCCAUUGUCAAAAUGCAAGCUCUUGUUCGUGCCCGCCGUGCUCGGCUGUCCCUAGAAGGGUUAUUUCCAGAAAAGAAGUUAGAUGGGAAGCACGAGGAGGAUAAUGAGAAUUCAAAAACCUGGGAGAAGGAUAAUCUAGUAACCAAAUCUAAUGUAACGUACGCUCCGAUUGAGAAGCUGCUAAGCAAUAGGUUUGCCCGCCAGCUGUUGGAAUCAACACCAAAGUCCAAACCUAUCCAUGUUAAGUGUGAUCCUUCUAAGCCCAAUUCUGCUUGGAAGUGGUUGGAGAGGUGGAUGUCUGUUUCUUCACCAAAUAUUGGGGAGUCGAGGAAAGCAGAGUUGAUGACAGAUAAACUGGAAAGAGAAAAGGACGAGAACUUUGUAUCUCAACUUGAAACCAAAGUUCGAUCUGAAGUAUUUUUUGAGUCAGAAAAUGUUAAGUCCAGCAAUAGCGAAUCACUAGUGGCAUCUGAAAGCGAAGAUAAUCUGAUUACUUACGAUGCCACCAACUUCAACUUUCAGGCAUGCCAUCCUAACUCUUCUUCAUUAAAAGAUGAUUUGGAGUCGCAUGGGUCUGAUGCGAAUGAAACCUCAUUGGAGAUAAUUUGUCCUCCAAAUCAAAGUAAUCAAGAAGAUUCAGAUUCCCAAGUGGAGUUUAAUCCUCUUCCUGUGAAGCCUGAAACCGAAACUGAACAGCCCAAACGUUCUAUGAAAAGGUUUGCCUCGGAAGAGCUGGAGACUGAAGGAAAGAAAUUUGUAUUUGGAUCAAGAAAAGUGACUAGUCCUGCAUUUGUUGCUGUCCAGUCGAAAUUCGAAGAGCUGAGUUCAACAGCCAAUUCAGGUAGAUCAAUUAGUUCAUUUCAUCAAGAUGCUGGAGUUGAAUCACCUAUAGAUACAAAUUUGUCUGGAGGGGAUACUGUAAUCAGGACAAAGGAGUUCAGUAUGGCAGAAAAUUCAGCCCCCCAUAGUUCAAGGGUUCAAGUUGGUGGCUCUGAAAGCGGCACUGAACUCUCUAUUUCUUCUACCCUUGAUUCACCUGAUAUAUCUGAAGUUGGUGCCACAGAAUGUGAGCAUGAAGCCAAAGUUUUAGAGGAAGGGAUUUGCAAUCUCAACAGAACGGAAAUUGUAGAUGUUGAAUCUAAGGAUGCAUCUGCCAUCCCGGGGUCUAACUUAUCAUCCUUUGUGACAGAUCAGCCAGAGAAACAUGGUGAUGUUGAUGGGGAACCCAUUAAUUUAAUGGUGGCUAUGGACUCCCCUCUGAUAGAGCCUAAGCUGGAGAACAAUGCAUCCAAUCUGCAGAGGGAGCUGGAGAACAAUGCAUCCAAUUUGCAGAGGGAGCUGGACUCUCAGAGAGGUCAUGAACCAUACCGGUCAUCGCCGGAAGCUUCUCCUAGAAGCCAUAUAACUGUGCCCGAAUCUCAUGGGACACCUUCUAGUCAGGUAUCUGCCAAGUCUAAAAAGAGCAAAACUGAUAAGAGUGGAUCCAACCAUAAGCGUAGAUCCCUAUCGGGAGGUAAGAAACCACCUUCAAAUUCAAAUAAUGAUUCUGGCUCAAGAAGUAGUAUGGAACAAUUGCCUAAAGAUCAGAAAAAUGAGAAGAGACGCAAUUCCUUUGGCUCACCAAAGCCUGACCACAUCGAGCAAGAACCAAGAGAUACCAGUAUUAACAAUUCUCUUCCCCAUUUCAUGCAAGCCACAGAAUCUGCAAGAGCCAAGCUCCAAGCUAAUAGCUCUCCAAGAUCAAGUCCAGAUGUGCAAGACAGAGACCUUUACGUCAAGAAGAGACAUUCCUUACCUGGUGCAAAUGGGAGGCAGGGGUCUCCACGUAUUCAGCGGUCAAUGUCUCAAGCCCAGCAGAGUGCGAAGGGAAAUGGUAACUAUCCCCAUGAAAGAAAAUGGCAGAGGUGAAGAGACGCAUUGAACUGAUCAUAUGCCUCAAAGUCAAUGAUGGUAGAUCACCUGUCCUAGAUGAGCAAUUUGGAGUCAGUUGUUGUUCUACUUGAUGGGUAGCUUCUUAAUUCUGUAUUCUGGCAUUUUUCCUCUUUGAUUGUGGCUGGAUGGAUUUGAGGGUUUGUUUGGGAGGCUAUAUAUAUAAAACUGAGUGAGGUUUUCAUGUACAUUGCUGCUAUCACUAUCACUACCACUACCACUAUUUUUUAUUAUUUUCUGUAAUUUUUUUGUUCCCCUGUAAUUUGUAAGUUUAACAAUAUUUGUGGGUGUGAUAUUAUUUAGGUGAACUACAAGAUGUUUUUGCUUGAUUACAUGGUUAAGAACUUUUGAAGGCUUUUACCAAAUGUUAUUGUAAUAAAUUAGAUUCUCUA